UCACGUGAAUCUGUUGAUUUGUGCUGGUGUUGGCCAUCCGACCAGGUUCCUCCCAUCAUACAAUCCCACAUCAACCACUCUCCCUAGACUCGGCACGAAUAGUCCAAGUCAAGCCAUGAUCACCCCUACAAAGUAUACAUACACCCAUCUCAACCGGAUGAAGCAACUAGUACAGCUCUACACCCCACAAGUUGAACUCAAGACUCACACAAUAGGAAAACAUGGCAUUAACUCAUUCAUAUACAUAACACUCAAUUAAAAGGAUGGUAUCAAAUCAACCCCCGCCACUAAACAUCCAACUUAUCCUAUCCCAUCAUGAAACCCGCUCGUUCAACAAACAUCAUCAUCAUGCAUCAACUUAUCCACUACCACGAACCCCUUACAAAGCAGCCAUCACACCCAACACACCCGCAACACCCGCCACACCAUAUCCGAGCACACCGGCUGGGGUGGCGACGGCACCGGCCGCACCAGUGGACGAGCUCGACGCAGCGGAAGCAGAGGAGGCGGCGUUGCUCACCGUGCUGGUGGAAGUGGUGGUGCCGGUGGAGGUGGUGCCGUCGUGGGUGGUGGUGAAGGUCGACGUGGCGACCGUCAGACUGUCGGAGAUGGUGGAGGUGCCCGUGGCGGAGCCGGCGGAGUUGGUCAGGGUGGUGGUGGAGGCGGCCCAGCGGGAGGAGGCAUCGGAGGCCACCGAGGAGGCGGCGGAGCGGGCGUCGCUGGCGACGCUGGUCGCCUCGGAGGCGAUGCUCGAGGCGAGGCUGGUCACGUCGGAGGCACCGGCGGCGCCCGCGGUGGAGGCGGCGCUGGCCAGGGAGGUGGCGACGGACUCAGCGCCGGAGACGACGUCGGAGACGACGCCGCCCUGAGGGGAGGCCAGGGCGGCGGUGGAGAGGAGGGUGGUCAGGAGGAGGUUCUGGAGCUGCAUUUUGUUGGUGGUGAUGGUGGUGAUAACUGGAAGAUAGGCUGGUGAUAGCGAUAACUGUAAUGCAGUGGUGCCUGACCGGAGGAGGAGUAUGUAUGUGUGACUGUUUAUGUGUGACUUGAUGAAGAUCGAGGAGAUAGACAGGUACCGGCUGGCGAGGAUU